CGACUCUCUCUCUCGCUCAAACACUUCACCACUGCAGCAAAAACAGCUUCUUGCACUUGCAAAUCACAGCAAAAUUAAACAGCUUCGAGCGUUGCAGCGAUCGAUGGAGAUGCACGACAAUGCGGCCGGCAUCGCGGCGGCGGCGGCGGCGGCGGCAGAGCAGUAUAGGGGGGUGAGGAAGAGGAAGUGGGGCAAGUGGGUGUCAGAGAUCAGGGAGCCAGGAAAGAAGACGCGCAUCUGGCUGGGCAGCUUCGAGUCCCCCGAGAUGGCCGCCGUGGCGCACGACGUGGCCGCGCUCCGGCUGCGCGGCCGCGACGCCAGGCUCAACUUCCCGGGCCUGGCCCACCUCUUCCGCCGGCCCGCCACCGCCGAGCCCGACGACGUCCGCGCGGCGGCCCUCGAGGCCGCGGCCCAGGUUCGGUUCAGGCCCGACCUCGUAAUGCAACUGCCAGGCAGCCAUGGCAACGGAGGCGGCGAUGGCGGAAGCCCGGAGUACCGGCUCGAUGACGUGGCGUGGGAUGUGGUGCUUGGUGCUGAUGAUCUGGAGGCCCAGUCGCCUAACAUGUGGGCUGAGCUGGCCGAGGCCAUGCUCCUGGCCCCGCCUGUCUGGGGAGGCGGCGCCGUGGACAAUGACGACUGGGCCCAGGGGUCGCUCUGGGAACCAUCUUGCUGGAGCUACUGAAGAGUCUGAAGUACUGAUCCCUAUGGAGGUUCACAACCUUUGUUUUUUUUUGGGGGUGGAACUGGUUAAUCUUUCCAAACAAUAGAUAAAUUAGGGUUCCAGAGAGCUUAAUUUCCGAUUAAUUACACUUCGGAUAGCUUGAUUGUGUUAUCAUUUUCGAGCACAGUAAGUGUGUGCAUUUCUUGGUAGCUAGUAGAUAGCAAAUUAAGGUCAAGGACGUGCAAUUCACGUGGGACACACAAUAAAUAUUACUGUAAUUCUUUCCGGUUAUCUACACUGGAUAAGAAAUGUUAAGA